UUCGGUAAAAAAAAUACGACGCCGUACAGAAAUAGGAUUGUGUGAAAACUGCUGUUAGAAUUUAUUCGGAUGCCUUUCAUCCUUUGCGGACUUUGAUCAUUUAAAAAAUAGGGUAAUGUUUUGAUUGGCGUAAUGAGUGCAGCUUUUGGAGAGGGAUGGGGGCGGACUUGUGCCUGUUUAUUGUCCAGCGACUGCAAAAUUCGCUGUACGGCAGAAUAACAAAACCACAUGCGGUUUACGUAGGCGACAGACCAAAAGUUGGAGAGUCGGGACUCUUUCUUCACACGCACCUAUAAGUCUAUGUCCACACUGCUAGAUAUAAUUUAAUAACACUUGCAUAAAGCCGCUGUAGGCGCAAUAACGCCUUGUGACUUUUUAAUUGUCUUUUGAACCCACAGUGCGUUUAAACUCUGAAUCACUCCCGCUUCAAGUAAAAUUAUUUUCAGCCUAACUUCCCCGUUUGCUUUUGAACUGCGAUUGAAAUAUUGUCACUAAAACCAUUUGUUUGUGUUUGGUUAAUUGCGGUGUCCAAGUAUGCGCGUUAACAAUGCACACUGAAAAAUCAGGAUUUACGUUGUCAUACCCAGCGUCGUUAUUGCCUGGAUGAGAGAGAAGUGAGAAAAGGAAAUCUGAAUUUGGUGUUUUAAGAACUUUAUUAAAAUAUUGGAAAUUGACGAAUUUUGAUUAGAUUGAAGCGAGGAUGGAUUUAGUAUAACAAUGCGUAUCGUGUAUAGUCAUGUUGAAUGCCGGGUUAUGGGCGUUGACGCUGUUUGGAGUAAACUCGCUGCAGUUAGGCAGCGCCGCAAACUGACUCUCUCUCUCUCCCUCGUUUCGUUGUGUGCGCCCCAUGACCCCGUGAGUCCCGCGAGCUCGUUUUGCGCAUGUGACAGAGCGCAGUGUGUAAACAAGCAACAAAAAAAAGGAAUGCGUGCGGCCAAUGGCGAGCGCCAGCAUCACGCCCCCGGGGCUCGCGCUGCCGGCCGGUUUGUGCGGCGCGCCGGGCCGGGCGCUGAUUGGUCCGCCAGCCCGCGCCGCCGUCCCAGACCUGUCAAUCAAACGCCGCUCUCGGGGUAAGCGGCGCUGGCCCCAGCGUGCUGUUUUGGAGAGAUUGCGGUCUCUCCGGAGGCGUCUGAAACUCGCAGACCAGACGACUGACGUGUACUGAGCUCUGGGAUCAGAGUGUCUUACGUUAGUUUGAAUCGUUACCCCUUCCCCUCAAAAUCAAGCCUCUAACAAUGUGCACAGAACGCAGAACUAAUCUCUACUGUAAUAGGACUGGAAGAGGUUGUUACAGUUGCGACGUUAUGCGUUACAGAAGGGGAAGAUGCAACCGUGUUCCGAGAAGUGAGUGUGCAUCCGACUGUGCCCAAACAACAUUCACAUUCCAAAUUUAGCAUGUCAAGAGGUGAGCUUUCUGAUCAAGGGAAUACCCCUACUAGCACACAGUGUGGAAGUGUUGAGUUCUCUUCAAACUUUGUUAUGACGUGUCCACUCUUUAAUACAAAUAUUUUGCGUGGACCACAUUCCUCUGUUGCCCCAUCACUACGAUACUCCAGUAGGUUGUCCAGUGGAUGCUAUUCUGUUGACGCGGACACCGGACAGAUGACCAAGCCCAUGGGCUGUGACAAGUCCACGCAGACUCCAAGCCCGGCUUGCCAAGCCAUCCACCAUGCGCAGGUCGCCUUGGCACAGCUACAGCAUUUGCAGAAUUGUGGGCGGAUGGAAAUCCAUGAAAUAUCUCAACCUGCGGCGAUGGACGUUGCACCUGAGGUAUUGAUCGGUCGAGAGUUGAGGAGGAUCGCAGACGAAUUCAAUCUUGUUUACCAGGCACCUAAUCGCAGACGUGCAAGGGCCCAUCGACCACCUAAUAACCAGAUCACAGGUCUUCGGCACUGGAUAAGUAUAUUGUUCAGGCGAUAGAUGAACAGCGUAUGAAGUACACCAGCUUUAUUGCUCAAAAACAGACAUUUUUUGAUAAUUUCAAUCUUUGCUUUUUCACUUUGGACAACAAAGCUUUCUUUCUUGCGUACAUACUGGCAUCGAAUUGCGGUAUUCUGAUGGGAGAGACAUAAACUCAGUGGCUCUAACAGCACGUCAUUUUACCGCACUGGAAGGCAUCAACCUUUUCAUCGUGACGUUGUCAGAAGGUGGUGGAUUAAUUUUGAGCACACGCAUUGUGUAAAACACAAAUGUUUCCUGCAAUUAUUGGAACCUGAGCCAACAAAUAUCAAGAACAUCCGUACGUUUCCCCCAAAACAAUCAAAUACAAUCCGAAUUGUUUUUAUAACUCGCCCUUUUUUUUAAUGUAACUGAAAAUGAUCCAGCCUUGAGAUGCCUAGAAAUGUAUUGGUUGUAAGUUAUUUUGAACUAUUUAUUAGACGUAGAACAUCUUGUGUUUAUCUGCUUUGUUUCCCCAUUCCCUCUUUUCUCCACCAUUUUUCUACUGCACCACUUCUGCAUUUAGUUACCAGACUGAGCCAGAAAGCACUCUGGCUGCAGUUUUUUUUAUUUUCAUAGUGUUUUAAUUCUGCUUAUUAUUUAAUUUCUUGUAUUUCCAUACGUUAUGUUGGAUGACCCAGUGUAAAUGUAGCAAAAUGUUAAACAAUUCCCUACCCCCUGGCUUUUACCCAUCCUUCAACCUGCUAAAACAUACUUGUUUUUUUUGCCCUGCAUUUUAAUUUUAUUUUCCUUCCUUGCACUGAUGACUUGCCAAAUAUCUGAAGGGGAAUUAACAUUUUUAACUGUGCAAUAAUGUUGUACAUACCUGCAUCUUUGGAAAAUAUGUUUAUGAAGUCGUUUUUUCUUGUAAUAAAUCUGAAGUUUCGAUAUAGCUUUGCAUUUAAUCCUCUGUAGUUUUAUUAGCAUCGGCCACUGGUGUGAAUACUAGCAAAGGCAGCAAAGUUCAGGGCCUCCAGUACUCAUUUGAACUAAGCUUAGCUAAGGCAUUGUACAGGGUGGGGAAAAUGUAUGAAUGGACCAAGAACAACUAUCGAUAAUAAUAUGAUUCUAAUUUCUGUUUUGGAUCAAAAAGCUUCUGUUUUCAGCUACAGAUCAGCCACAGAGAAAAAAAAUAUUUUCUUCAUUUCCCACAUUCUAAAAAUUUUAUCCUGCAACAAGAGUAAUAAUCCAAAAGCAGAAAGUUUGCAGAUGCUAAAAAGCUAAAAUAGAAACAUUUUGGAAACACUCAGAAAAUCAGGCAACAUCUGCCAUGAGGGGGAAGAACAAGACUGCUGUCUCUGGUUGACCUUUCAUCAGAUGUGAUACAUGCCAUUUGCACACACUGCUGUUUAAUUAAUGACUAAAUGCCCCAGCACUUGUGUUUUUUUCCCCUAAGCCCAUAAAACAUAGGAACAAAGUCAGCCAAUUUGGCCCAUUGAGUCUGCUUUAUCUUUCCAUCAUGGCUGCUUUACUAUCCCUCUCAACCCCAUUCGCCUGCCUUAUCCCCUUAACCUUUCAUGCCCCUCCUCUGCCUUUAAGUAUAUCCAAUGACCUGGCCUUCACAGCUGCCUGUGGCAACACAUCCCACAGAUUCACUACCCUCUGUCUAAAGAAAUUUCUCCUUAUCUCUGUUUUAAAUGGAUGUCCCCCUAUACUAAGGUUAUGCCCUCUAGUCCUAGAUUCAUAAUCCUUACCAAUCUUAUUUGCACUUGUAGGGAGAGACUAGCCAAUUCUGCUACCAAAAGAGGUUCCUAGAUUCCCAUUUGGCUGUAUUUUUCAUUUAUACUCUCCUAUUCUCGCAGCAGACAAUGCAGUUUCUUUGCGUUAGUCUCACCAACACUUUUUUAAACAUUUCCUGCCCAUUCCUCAACCUUUGGUCCUCAAUUCAUUUGUCAUAAUACAAGCCAGUAAGCUUAUAGAAGCUUUAAAGCACACGUGCAAGGCAGUCACAUCCAUUGUGCAGUGUCAGUACUGUUUCUGACCAUAACACGGACCCUUCGAUCUUCCAGCCUUUUGGAAUUCCAACAGCCUCACAGAUCAACCUACUUGCAUCCUGUCCACAGAUUUUCUGACUGCAGUUCCUAAUUUCAUCUCACUUUAGAAAAUAUACCUUAUUGUCUGCCUGUACUGCACUUUCUCUAACUGUAACACUUGCAUCAUUAUUGUUUUCCCUUGCACUACUGCUAUGCAUUGGUGCAAUGGAAUUUUUUAUAUGGAUGGCAUACAAAACAAAUACAAUGUUAAAUCAAUUUACUAAUUUACAUACACACACAUUGUUCAGAGAUCUUAAUGUUAAACUUUGAUUUAAUUUUCUAUAUUAUUGAGCACUUGUUCGAUAUGUACUCGUGGCAAUAUUAAUUUCCCGUUCUAUCUCAAUCAGUGGUCCCUAUAAACUUGGCUGAACUGCCCUCGUCUUUCGUGGUGGAUGUUGAAGGUCCAGAACCAAUCCCUGGACAUAGUACUUAUUACUUCCGAGCACAGUACUUUCUUUAUUUUCAAUCAAACUCUUCUGUUGCAGUCAAACACCAAACGCUUGCUGAGCACCACUGCCCAUUCUGUGCAGAAUCAUGUUUACUAUUAAUGUCUUAUAUGAGACUUUGUUACGCCUCUCCAGGAAUUGCACUCAGAUUUUGGUAAGAUAACUUUGUGGACAAGUAGCUGUUCCUAGGUCUUAACCAUCACUGGAUUACAUAUGACACAUUAGCUAUCUAAUAGAUUUAUAGAACAGUACAGCACAGGAACAGGCCCUUUGAUCUGCAAUGUGGGGCUGAACCAGCUAAAAAGUAAAUCGAAAACGAAUAUCCCCCCCCCUUACAAAAUGUCCAUAUCCUUCCAUCUUCCUCCCAUUCAUGUGCCUAUCUAAACACCUCUUAAAAGCCUCCACUGUAUCUGCCUCCACCACCAUAUCAUCUGAAGAAGAGAGGAUUUCAGGAAGGACAUUUACUUCUGAAAGAUGAUGGAUGUGUUGAUAGCUCUAGAUCAGGGGUUCCCAACCUGGGGUCUUUCGACCCCCUGGUUAAUGGUAGGGGUCGAUGGCAUAAAGAAAAAGGUUAGGAUCCCCUGCUCUUGAGUAUGUUUUUCUAUUCAUGGUCAAUUGUUCCAAGUGGAAUACUGUCAUCCACUUAUUAUUUACUUGAAAGUGGGUUUCAAUGUAUUUUUGAACAAAACCAUUAUUCACUAAAAGCUUUAAAGUUAAGUUGGGAACUGAAUAAUUGUGCACAACUUGUGACCAAAUGUACUUUUUAUUGCAGACAUCAUGUGAGUCUUAUUUCUCUGUUUAUUUUAAGGUGCAUAACCUUUAAUAUCUUAGAUUGUCUAUACAAAAACUAUUUUAAACUGCAAAGGGAAACAAAAAUAUGACAGCUUGAAACUGAAUUGGGUUAAAUUUCAUCCGAGUGGGUGGAAAGUACUUUCAGUUCCAAAUCAAUGUUUUUGAAUGCAUUACAUUGUGGUUGUACUAAAGAAUGCAAUAAGGAUUUGAAAUAUGGAUUUACUCCCAAGUAUUCAGUGAUACAUUUAUUAUAAUAGUGUCUUGUUAACUGUAGAUUGUGUACUGUUGCACUUGCACAACCAACAAAGUCGGUAUUUUGAUAGUUCCCUAGAGGAAAAAGUUCAGAAUAAAUUUUGAUAAGAAUAAUGCACCUCACUGAGGGUGUAUUUAGAGUACUGCAAUCUCAAGUUAUUGAUCUGCUGAAUAAAUCCCCAGCUAUGUGUUGAGUUUUCAUGAUCACAUAGCUAUCACCCAUCAAAAAUCAAAACUAUAGUUCAUUUUGGGUUUAUUUUGUCGUAAUGACGUGUACUCAGGCUAUGUGUACCUUGAGAAGCCUGCAUAAAAAUGUCUCUGGAGUCCUCUUGGAGAUAAUAUUGUCCUGAUGAAAGGAAGUGUGUUUCUCCAUAAAUGUUGCUUGACCUAUUACAGAUUUUCAGCAUUUUAUGAUUUAUGACAUCUGGCUUUAAUGACUCAGCUCCAAUUCAGAAGUAGGCAAGACUUCAUUUUUUGAUACUGGCCUUAAAACAAAAUCCCAAGUUUAGUUGCCCAAUUCUUGGUACCUGUAGACAGAAGUUUAGCUUUCUGAAUCCAUAUUCCAAAAAGUCUCAUUCACAUCCACCUUGCAUAAGAGAUAAACCUAUUUCCUUCUGUAUCUUUCUUUGACGGCAAUGUAACUUUAUCACAAAUAUCAGUUCUGUGUCACUUUAAGUCAGAAUCUGCCAUUUCUAUAUUGAUGCAGAGUCUACAGAGUUGAAAUUGAGGUCAGAGUUGCCUAUUUGCUCUUGAGAAAACAAUCAUGGCGUAAAGACCUGGGAAAAUUGGUUAAAGAGAUACAGGGCUGGAGAAGGGGAAGUCUGAUACAAGAGAACAGAAGGCCCUGAAAGAUAGGGAGGAGCACAAGUGGGAGAUGGGAGAUGAGAGGUGGGCAAGGAGACAAGGUGAGAGAGGGAAAAGGUGGUGGGGGAGGGGGCAUUACCAGAAGUCUGAGAAAUUGAUGUUCAUGCAAUCAGGUUGGAGACUACCCAGACGGAAUACAAGGUGUUGCUCCUCCAACCUAAGUGUAGCCUCAUCAUGACAGUGGAGAAAGCCAUGGAUAGACAUACUUGAAUGGGAAUAGGAAGUGGAAUUAAAAUGGGUGGCCACAGGAAAAUUCUGCUUUUUCUGGCAGUAGGUGCUCAGCGAAGCGGUCUCCCAAUCUAUGUUGGGUCGCACUGACAUACAGGAGGCCACACCGAGAGCACCAGACACAGUUUAUGACCCCAACUGACUCAUGGGUGAAGUGUUGCCUCACCUGGAAAGACUGUUUGGGGUCCUGAAUAGUAGAGAGGGUGGAAUUAUACGGGCAGGUGUAGCACUUGUUCCACUUGCAAGGAUAAGAUCAGUGGGGAAGGAUAAAUGGACAAGAGAAUCAAGUAGGGAGCGAUCCCUGCGGUAAGUGGAAUCAGAGGGGUAUGGGGAGGGAAAGAUGUGCUUGGUGGUGGGAUCCUGUUAGAGAUGGCAGAAGUUGCGGAGAAUUAUGUGCUGGACGUGGAGGCUGGAGGGAUGGUAGGUGAGGGCGAGAUGAACCCUAUUUAUGGUAGGGUGGCAAGAGGAUAGGGUAAACCCAGGCACGCAUGAAAUGGAAGAGAUAGAGUUGAGGGCAGCCUUGAUAGUAGAGGAAGAGAAGACCCGUUCUUUGAAGGAGGACAUCUUUGUUCUGGAAUGAAAAGCCUCAACCUGGGAGUAGAUGCAGCAGAGACGUAGGAACGUAAGUUACAGCCUGCAGGAAGAACACAGUUCCAUUUGUUGCUCCAGAUUCCAGCACCUGCAGUCUUUGUGUCUCCAUAAAUGCAAGUUAUUCUUGGUCAGGGAAGCCUGAACAACCGACACUACUCAUUACAAGAACAUCACAACAAAACAGUUCUAACCUAACCUAUGAUUUCCCUCCCAAUCAAAGGAAAGGGCAACUUGCUUCAAUGUUUCUCAUCUCCAAAUGCCAGUUGGAACUUUGCAGUCAGUAGCAGGGUUUACAUAUCCAAGCUCAACUGUCAACCAAAUGUAGGCUGUAAUAAUCUUAACAAUUUGACUGUUUUAUGGAGAACUUCAUUGACUGGAUAACUUGUGAGAAUCUCAAAUGAAACUGUAUAAUAGGUUGGGUGGGGGAGGGGUGGUUGAACCCGUUGCAGAUGUCAAAACUUUGGCUUAUGGUCUCUGGGCUCAAACAGACAUCAAUAUUCCUCUGGAUUUGGCCCAUACAACAGUAGAAUUUCCACUGCUAUCUCCAACACUCCACUGAGGAGGAGAAGCUGGGAGGUGAUAGGUGGAAAAGGUAAAAAGCUGAAGAAGAAAUCUAAUAGAUGUGGACUAUGGGAGAAAGGGAAGGAAGAGGGACAUAAGAGAGUGGUGACAGGCAGGUGAGGAGAAGAGGUAAGAGAGAAUGGGGAAUGGAAGUAGAUGGGGGAGAAGUUACUGGAAGCUAGAGAAAUCAAUAUUCAUGCUGUCAGAUUGGAGGCUACCCAGAUGACAUAAUGAGGUGUGGCUCCUCCAACUUGAGAGUGGCCUCAUUGUGGCUGACAUGUAAGAAUGGAAAAAGGUAGUGUAAUUAAAGUUGUUGAAAUCGUGCUCAUUGCGGAUGGAGCAAGGUGCGCCAACAAAACGGUCCCCCGAUCUAUGUCGGGUCCACUGAUAUAGAGGAGACUGUACUGGGAGCACCAGAUAAGGUAAAUGACCCUGACAGACUCACAGAUGAAGUAUUCACUCAUGUGGAAGGACUGUUUGGGGUCCUGAAUGGAGGUGAGGGAGGAGGUGCAUGGGCAGGGGUAGCAUGACUUCCACUUGUAGGGAUAAGUACCAGGAGGGAGAUCAGUGGGGAGGGAGCAAUCCCUGUGAAAAGCCGAGAGUAUGGAGGUGGGGGAAGUAAAGACAUGUUUGAUGGUAGGAUCCCUUUGAAGAUGAGAAGAUAGAGGCAAAAAAAUCAAGAAAGGGGAGAGAAGUGUCAUAAAUGGAUAAGUGAAUUUAUGGCAGGGUGGAAGUUGGAGACUAAGUUGAUUAAAUUGACCAGGCUCAGCAUGGGUGCAUGAAGCAGCACCAAUGCAGAAAAAUGUAGUGCAGGAGGAGUUGGGAGUGUUGGAUCAUUAAUCUUUUCACAUAGCCAACGAGAAGGCAGGUAUAGCUGGGGUCCAUGUCAAUGCCCAUGGCUGCAGUUUAGCUUUGGAGAAAGUGGGAAAGGCUGAAAGAAAUCGUUGUGUGAGGACCGGUUUUGCCAAUGGAGGAACGUGUAGAGGUGGAGGGGAACUGGUUAAGUGUUGUCUAGAAAGAAGCAGAGAGUUUUAAGACUUUUUGAUGGGGUAUAGAUGUGUAUAGGGACUGGACAUCUAGCGUGAAAAUGAGAUGAUCAGAGACCUGGGCAAGUUGAAGAGAUAGAGAGCACAUGAAGUGUCAUGGAUGCAGGUGGGAAGAGGGAGUUGAGGUGUACGGAUACAUCAGUGGGACAGGAGCAGGCAGAAACAAUGGGGUACCUGGACAGUCAGAUUUGUGAAUCUUGGGUAGGAGGUAGAAAGUAGCAGUGUGGGGUAAGGGAACUAUGAGGUUGAUGGCUGUGAAUUGGAGAUCUUAAGAGUUGAUGAGGUUGGUGAUGGUGUGGGAUGCAAUGGCUUGAUUGUCCUGUGUGGGGUUCUCUUCAAGGAGUAAGUAAGAGGAGGUAUCUGAGAGCUGCUGCCUGGCCUCAGCAAGGCAGAGGUCAAACCACCAGACCAUAGGAGCACCCUCCUUAUCUGCAGGUAUGAUGGUGAGGUUAGGAUUAGUGUGGAGAGAGUGGAGUGCAGUGCGUUCAAAGAGACAUCAGCAGUUUCAACUUCAACACUCCUCUCUCUUACUUGAACCUUACCCCCCACCUCCAUUCAUAGAAACAUAGAAACAUAGAAAAUAGGUGCAGGAGUAGGCCAUUCGGCCCUUCGAGCCUGCACCGCCAUUUAUUAUGAUCAUGGCUGAUCAUCCAACUCAGAACCCAGCCUUCCCUCCAUACCCCCUGACCCCUGUAGCCACAAGGGCCAUAUCUAACUCCCUCUUAAACAUAGCCAAUGAACUGGCCUCAACAGUUUGCUGUGGCAGAGAAUUCCACAGAUUCACCACUCUCUGUGUGAAGAAGUUUUUCCUAAUCUCGGUCCUAAAAGGCUUCCCCUCUAUCCUCAAACUGUGACCCCUCGUUCUGGACCUCCCCAACAUCGGGAACAAUCUUCCCGCAUCCAGCCUGUCCAAUCCCUUUAGGAUCUUAUACGUUUCAAUCAGAUCCCCCCUCAAUCUUCUAAAUUCCAACGAGUACAAGCCCAGUUCAUCCAGUCUUUCUUCAUAUGAAAGACCUGCCAUCCCAGGAAUCAAUCUGGUGAACCUUCUUUGUACUCCCUCUAUGGCAAAGAUGUCUUUCCUCAGAUUAGGGGACCAAAACUGCACACAAUACUCCAGGUGUGGUCUCACCAAGGCCUUGUACAACUGCAGUAGUACUCCCUGCUCCUGUACUCGAAUCCUCUCGCUAUAAAUGCCAGCAUACCGUUGGCCUUUUU